AUGGCAGAGCCGGUCCCUGUCCUGCCGCAGUGUCCAAAGGCGGCCCCCCCGGCGGGCAAGGCCGGCAGCUCCCCGGGGCCGGGCAGCGGCCGGGGCGUCCCGCAGCCUCCUGGGGGCCGGGGGCCAGUGCCGGCCCUGCCCGGGGCUGACCCCCCUGAUGUGUCACUCGUCUGUCUCCUGGUCACUGCCGGGUCCCCAGUCAAUCCCUGGUGCCGCCGCCAGCCAAGGGAGCCGAUCGCCCAAAGUGGGAAUUUCAUUCCCAGGGUGUGGCUGGUGGAGGAGGAGGAAAAGCCCCAGAGAUCCUGCAGGAGGAGGGGCUGCAAACCCAGCCCAGGGAGCUGCAGGGAGGAAAGAGCACCCUUGAGCCAGGAAGGCGGCCGGAGAUCCAGCCAGAGCUCGGAGCUGGUGGAGAAGGCUCAUGGCAGGGAGAAGCCACACAAGUGCUUGGAAUGUGGGCAGGGUUUCAGCCGGAGCUCCCACCUGAUUGAGCACCAGAGGAUCCACACUGGGGAAUGUCCCUACGAGUGUGGGGAGUGUGGGAAGAGCUUCAGAGAGAGCUCUGCGCUGCUCCGGCACCAGGUGAUCCACACUGGGGAACAGCCCUACGAGUGCUUGGAAUGUGGGAAGAGCUUUGGGUGGAGCUCAGACCUGAGAACUCACCAGCGCAUCCACACUGGGGAGAGGCCCUACGAGUGUCCCCAGUGUGGGAAGAGGUUUCAGACCAGCUCCCAUCUCCUCAAACAUGAGCGGAUUCACACAGAGGAGAGGCCCUUCCGCUGCCCCGACUGCGGGAAGGGCUUCAAGCACAACUCCAGCCUCACCAGGCACCAGCGCAUCCACACCGGGGAGAGGCCCUACGAGUGUGGGGAAUGUGGGAAGAGCUUCUCACAGAGCUCAACCUUGACCAAACAACAAGGGAAGCACCACUAA